CUUCUCCUACCGUCAUGCUGAACUUGACAUCAGUAGCUCCUUGGCUUCAAAAACAGGGCGUAUAUGGGCCAGUAACAGCAACUCUCGAUUGGUGUGAAGCCAACCACCAGUUUUCUCCCUACAUUGCUGAAAUGGCAAACACUUUUUCAAAUUUCUUUACCGUUGGCCUUGCCCUUUGCGGUUGGAGAGAAGCUCGUCUUGAAGGUUUACCUGAAAGAUUUGCUGUCGGCUAUGCCGGUAUUGCUCUCGUCGGCCUAGGAAGUUUUCUCUUUCACGCUACUCUCAAGUUUGGGGCUCAGCUUGCUGAUGAGCUACCCAUGAUUUAUGUUGGUUCCAUGAGCUUAUGGCUCUUGUUCGACGACGAACCCGGCUUCGGCUUACGAUCCAACCGCACUAAACUUCUAAUAAUCUGUUUGGCUCUUUUCGACGUGUUAUUCACAUGGUCCUACAUGGCAUACCGCAACCCUGUAUAUCACCAAGUCGUUUUCGCUAGCCUCGUGCUAUCCACGACUUUCCGAAUUGCCUAUAUUCUUCAAAAGUCGGAAGCUUCUCGCCGCAUUCCUGACAAGAAGAAAUCUGCCAUCGGAAAGCUUUUCACAACCGGCGCUGCUCUGUUUGCUUUGGGAUUUUUCAUUUGGAACAUGGAUAACUUAUUUUGUCAUAUACUUACACGAUGGAAAAUAGCCAUUGGAUGGCCAUUAGCGUUUUUACUCGAAGGCCAUUCAUGGUGGCAUGUACUAACCGGUUCUGGAACUUACUUCAUGUUCAUUGGCAUUCAAUACGUGACCCUGUGUGUCAAGGACAAUCCUCAAAAUUAUACCGUCAAAUUUCUAUACGGACUCCCUCACGUUAGAAAGCUGCAUCCCAAAGCGGAAUGAUAAACAAUUAAAAGUUAAAAGAUCGCAUGAUAAUAUACAGACAUAUAAGCACACGAGAAGUAGAUGGAAUGGGCCAAUGAUGACUUUAUUCUAUUCAAAAAU